GUUUUAAUAUUGUUUUAUAAACAGGAACUUGGAAAUUUUGUUGAGACAAAAGACCCAGCCUUGCGCUACCCGUAUCUGAUCCAGAAUGACAAGAUCGACUCAUCUUCCGUCAUGCAUACAAGCAACGAAGGGAAAUGGACAAAAGCAAUGAAAUUUUUACUGACUGAUCUCAAAUGGGCUGUAGCGUGGAUUGUCAAGCACUGUGAUGGCCAUCUAAAACCCUGA